AAUCAUAGAAGAUCAAAAACUCCCCGAGAGAGAUGGCGAGCUCCUCCGCUGAUGGCGGGCUUGCGCCGGCGGUCCUCGGUCACGGCGAGCGUGCGGCGGCGGCGGUCUCCGGCCAGGGCGGGCGUGAGGCGGCGGCGGUCUCGGGCCAUGACUGGCGUGAGGCUGCGGCUGUCUCUGGUGACGGCGAGGCGGCGGUCUCCCGCAAGCGCAAGCAGUGCGACUACGAAAACAUCCUGGACUACCCAUGCACGGAGCGUCUCCGUUGGCGCCGGCUCCUUGCUUUCCUCCGGGAGAACUGCUACAACCAGAUCUACCAUGCGGCCAAAAACAAGUUGGGUGUGUUCUCCGACCUUGAGGACGUGGUGGAGCGGGUCAGGAAAGGCCAGUUCCAGGAGGCGUGCGACCACCUCUGGACCUUCGCACCCAUCCGGUAUUUGAACAGCAAAGCUGAAGUCCUCACGCUGUUCCUCUAUUACCUCAUGGCCGUCAGCAGAUUCGCCGAGGGCAACACAGCCAAGGAAGGCGUCGUCCGCGAGUGGUUCAGAAAGCUGUACAAGUAUCCUACUCUGCUCUCCAAGUAUCCUUGCCUCGCCACCCUUGUUGCCGAUGUCCUCUCCCUUCGCACUGUUCGUGUUUGGAACUCUCUGAACUGGCAAGUCGUCAGGAACAAGGCAGCCGAGAUGGUCAAGGAGAUGGUUUCUGAGAUACCUGAGCUCAAGGAGCAGACGCGUUACCCGCGCUUCCAGAACGAGCUGUACGACGUAAUGCCCAUUAGGUGCAGCUUCCGUCCAAGGCGUCAAGUGAAGAAAGCAGGCAAGAAACAAGCAAUAGAUCUUGCAAUGUUCUAUCUUGAGACGAAGAAGAGGUUGGCUCCUUCAGCUCAGAUGGACUAUCAUGAUUCAGCAGAAUUACCAAGGAAUAAAUCGGGAUUGGUGCUAAUAAAACUAUUUGAAACCGUUUUGCAAGCUGGUCAGCGCAUGGUACUCAAACAAGGCCAUCCACCUGAAUAUUUAUCCAGAGGAGUUGCUGCUCACGCCUGUAAAUCCAUACCUGGCCACACGAUGAUAGAAAAAGGACAUCAGUCCGAACAUGCAUCCAACCAGGUUUUUCCAUUUGAGGCUGCACAUGCUUAUAAAUCCGUAGCUAAGCGCAUGAAGAUAGAACAAGGACAUGGACUUGAACAUUCAUCCAACAAAGUUUUUCCAUUUGAGGCUGCGCAUGCUUAUAAAUCCGUAGCUGAGCGCAUGAAGAUAGAACAAGGACAUGGACUUGGACAUGCAUCCAACAAAGGAUCUGAUGCACGGCCAUGGUGAUUUUGGUGGGUGUGGUGGAAGUUAAUGGCCUGUCGCUAUUUGGCUCUAAGCUAUGGCCUUGGCAGUGUUGCUCUUUGGUGCUCCUCAGCUGAAGGGUUGCCAGUUUAGUUUGUUGCUACGUAUAGGGCUAGCCACUCAGGACUUUGUAAGCGUGACUGUCCCCAAGGGCUUAAACAAUCAUUGUAAUAAUCCUCGUUAGUGUCGUGCUUUAAAACCCUUAACCUCGUACUGUUUCGUAUUGGUCUUAUUAUUUGGUCGAGACUGCCUUCUGAAUAUUUAUUGAAUCGAUCUCUUGAAAGAUCGGAGUGU